AUGGGUAUCACUCGUGACUCGCGCCACAAGCGAUCGGCCACCGGUGCUCGCCGCGCCUACUACCGCAAGAAGCGCGCCUUCGAGCUCGGUCGUCAGGCCGCCAACACCCGUAUCGGAGCUAAGCGUAUCCACACCGUUCGUGUUCGUGGUGGUAACCUGAAGCACCGUGCUCUUCGACUCGAGUCGGGCAACUUUGCCUGGGGCUCGGAGCACAUCACUGCCAAGACGCGUGUUCUCGGCGUUGUGUACAACGCUUCGAACAACGAGUUGGUGCGCACGAACACUCUUGUCAAGGGUUGCAUUGUUCAGGUGGACGCGACCCCUUUCCGUCAGGCGUACGAGAAGCACUAUGGUCAGCCCGUGACGACUAAGCGCCGUGCCGCUGGUCAGGGUGCCGCCGAGGCCAACGUGGAUGAGGCCAAGCUGAGCAACAAUGUGACGCGCAAGCUCGACACCCGUCGCAAGGAGGGCAAGCUCGACAGCCUCGUCGAGCAGCAGUUCGGCGCUGGUAGGCUGUACGCCGCCAUCGCUUCCCGCCCCGGCCAGUCCGGCCGCGCCGACGGCUACAUCCUCGAGGGCAAGGAGCUCGAGUUCUACGUCCGUCGUCUCAGGGCUAAGGGCGGCAAGUAA